GCCGCGGCGCGCCAUGCUCUCCAUCACGUCGCUCGCCAGGCUCCUCCUCACCCUCCUCCGCUGCGUCCUCCUCAACCUCCCCGCCCCCGCCACCACCCACCACUUCUUCUUCUCCACCUAGCUCCCCCUCCCUUGCUCUCCCGCCGAUGCCGACCGGACCACUCCAGAGAUCUACCAGCAACAGCCUCGCCGCCUUGCUGCGCGCCGACCCGCCGCCCAAUGCCGGCGCCGGCUCUGACGCCGCCGCUAAGCGCACGAGGAGGCGGCGGCGGCGGAGGAGGAGCUGCCUCAGGCUGCCGAUAGGCGCUGCGGGGGCAUGCCGCGUCUGCGCCUGCGACGAGAUGGACCCCGCCGCGGCCCCGCGCCGUCGGGCCCCUGAGGAGAAGGAUGACGACGAGGGGGAGGAGGAGGAGGAGGAGGUCGUGCAGCCAGCGGUGCAAUGCUUCUCGUGGAAGAAGGGUGCUGCUGCUGCCCCGGCGAGCCACCGCCCGUCGGGAGCUGGGGAUGGUGACAAGGUGGUGGUGGUGGUGGCGGCGGCGGCGGCGGUCGAAGCGUCUCUUUCGGUGCUUCCCGACGACGUGAUGGAGAUGGUGCUCUGCCGCCUCCCGCUGGCCUCGCUCCUCGCCGCGCGCUGCGUCUGCACGCGGUGGAGGGACCUCACCGUCGCGCCGCAGUUCACGCGGAUGCGCCGCGAGGAGGGGCGGCCGCACCGGACGCCGUGGCUGUUCCUCUUCGGGGCCGAGGGGGACGGGUGGGGCGCCGCCGCCGCCGCCGGCACGGCCGUGCACGCGCUCGACGUGGCCGCGCAGCGAUGGUGCCGGGUAGGCGCGGACGGGCUCAGGGGGAGGUUCUUAUUCUCCGUAGCCGGCGUCGGCGACGAGCUCUACGUCGUCGGCGGCCGUUCGGGCGGCCUGGACGCCGGCUCGGUGGAGGCCAAGACCCACAAGGGUGUACUCGUGUACAGCCCUCUCGCCGGCGCGUGGCGGAAGGCCGCCCCGAUGCGGAGCGCGAGGUCUCGGCCGGUGCUCGGGGUGUUUGAGAUGUCCCUCGGCCGCCGCAUUCUCCAUGUCCGCGCCGAGAAGCAUGUCCACCACGCCAACACCGGCGGCGGCGGCGGCAAAUUCCGGCUGGGGGGCACCUCCGCCGUGUACGAGGACCCCCACCGUCUUUCCCUCCGCCGCCUCCGGCUCCGCGACGUGCUGAACGAGGACGCGGACUCCUUGGAGUUUGCUCCAUCUGAUGCCAAGAUCGCCGGAGGACAGGAAGAGGAGAGGAGAGCUCAGCCAAAGCUCGCGCUCAUCGCCGUCGGUGGGCGCGGGCGCUGGGACGAGCCGCUGGUGUCCGGCGAGAUCUACGAUCCGGUGACGGACAAGUGGUUUGAGAUCGCCGGCUUCCCCGCCGACGUCGGGCUCGCCUGCUCCGGCGCCGUCUGCGGCCAGAUGUUCUACGUGUACUGCGAGUCGGACACGCUCGUCGCCUACCACCUCGACAAGGGCUUCUGGUCCGUCAUCCAGACGUCCCGCCCGCCGCCGCGGCUCCGCGACUAUGCGCCGGCGCUGCUGUGCUGCUCCUCCCGGCUGCUGAUGCUCUGCGUCUCGUGGAGCGACCGCGACGGCGGCGGCGCGGCGAGCCGGCGGGAGAAGGUGGUGCGCAAGCUGUUCGAGCUCGACCUCGGCACGCGCCAGUGGGGCGAGGCGUCGUCGCACCCGGACGCGCCCAUGGACCCCAACGCGGCGUUCGCCGCCGGCGGGGACACCAUCUACUCCGUGGAGAUGUUCAGGAUCUUCGGCAAGGUGCUCGACUUCGUGACGGCGUGCCGGGUCUCCGACACCGACGACCGCAGGUGGUGCCGGCUUGCCCGGAAGAACGCCGCCGCCGACGCCGCCGCCAUGUCCAGCCGGCUGAAAUCCAUGGCGGCGCUGCACCUGUAAUUACAGCUUACAAUCUUACAUUUUUUACAUCAAAACCAAUGUUUGACAAUUUGUUAGUGUAAUUGACAUUUGGCAUCAUCUCUCUCCACCGAUUCGUUGUUCGUUUUCCCUGAUUGGACAAGCCAUUGCUGUGAUUAUCCAUACUGUUGUAUUGUUCUUUCGGUUUGGUUUGGUUUAUAUACAAGAUGUGAUCUUUCUAUGAUCCUGAUGUAAUUUACUGUCAAUUUUUUUAGCUGAU